CUUAGAUUGCAUCCGAAUGGAAUAUUCCCUCGAUCAUACAGAUUCAUCCUAUCUAUAGUAUCGACUAUCGGUCACGGACCAAGUUGGAUCCACUCCAACGGCGAUCCAGACCGGCUAAUUUCCUCCUAGUCACGAAUUCCCCCUCCUCAAAAUAGGAGAAUAGGAGACUGUCACGGAAAGAAUGGAAGAAUCCACCAUCAGGAGAGGAAGAAAGUCAUCAUCUCAUGGUACAAUCGACCCACCCAUGGAUCCAGAUGUCAUGACUUCACUCGGGAGACAACGAGGUCAAAGUUGCCAGUUGCCAGUUGCCAGUUGCCACCCAGAAUGAUGAGAUCACGAGUCCCCCCCCCUUCUAGAAGACGUCUGGAAAGUUCCUCCUGGAUUCGAUCCGCCCGUUGUGGAACUUUCCAUCGUUCUUCCAUCUUUAUCUUGAUCUCUUGCUUCCUUUAUUUCUUUCUUCCGGGUUGAUGUAGAUUAUUUAAAUUAUCAAAUGGUUUAGAUUUAAUAGUCGGGUAAUUCUGUGGACUAUUGAAGAAUCCUCCAGCUAUUGAAGCCGUGGUGUCUAGCGUGGGGAGAAUCCAACGAGUGACGUCGAUCAACCAUUGUCUUCCUAUCCAGAAAGGUUGUCAAUCAGGGAUCGGGAUGAUGUUGAUGAUCCAUUCGUUCACUGACCAGGAGAUACUCUCUCUUUUCUGUUCUUCUGUUCUUCUUUUCUUCUUUUCUUCCUUUCCUCUUCUGUCUCCUGUUCUUUUCUCCUCUUUCUCCCCCGCCUUUAGUUUCCCUCCCUUUUCUUCCAUCAUUCACCCUUUCUUCUCUCUCUUCCUUUUCUUCCCCUCUUUCCAAUCACUCCUCUCUUCUCCUCUUCUCUUCUAUCCAUCACUCUUCUAUUCUUCUACUCUUCUGUCACUUAAUCUAUCCUCUUAAUACAGAGUCUGUUUGCUGUUUCGGAGAGCUUGAAUCUCCACCCAUAGCUGCAAUCCACCCGGUCAGUACCUCUGGUUCUCUUGCCCCUCCAUAGCUUCCCUUGCUCUCCCGACUGGUCCACCUUCCUCUCCAUCGUCCUCCCCUCCCGUGUUUCCUACAAAUCUUAUUUCGUUACUCCCUCAAUCCCACGCCUCAUUCGUUGAAAGAAAUCAUCAAAGUCAGCGGAAAGAAAGGAAAACAAAAGACAAAAACAAAGGAGACAAAAGAAAAAGAAUACAACAGAACAAAAGAAUCACAAAAGAAAGAGAGAGAAAAA